ACGACUGAUUUCACGGGUUAAAAAAGACGAAGGAGGCACGGCUGCAAAACUCGCCGGGAAAUAUGGCGGACGAAAAGGAGAACAACGGAGAGAAGAAGUAUAAGUAUAGCAUAAUCAUUCCCACCUACAACGAGCGCCUCAACAUAGCUAUCAUAGUUUACCUGAUUUUCAAGCAUCUCCGGGAUGUUGAUUUCGAGAUAGUUGUUGUGGAUGACGGGAGUCCUGAUGGCACACAAGAAAUUGUCAUGCAACUACAGAAGUUGUAUGGUGAAGACCGCAUCCUUUUAAGAGCUAGAGCCAAGAAGCUUGGUCUGGGAACUGCAUAUAUUCAUGGUUUGAAGUAUGCCAGUGGUGAUUUCGUUGUAAUCAUGGAUGCUGAUCUUUCACAUCAUCCAAAAUACUUGCCAAGUUUCAUCAAGAAACAACUAGAGACAAAUGCAAGUAUAGUAACUGGUACACGAUAUGUAAAAGGUGGUGGUGUACACGGGUGGAAUCUUAUGCGGAAACUCACUAGUAGAGGAGCAAAUGUGCUAGCUCAAACAUUUUUGUGGCCUGGUGUAUCUGAUUUAACUGGGUCAUUCCGGCUAUACAAGAAAGAGGUGCUUGAAGAUGUGAUUAGCUCAUGUGUGAGUAAAGGGUAUGUGUUUCAGAUGGAAAUGAUCGUUCGUGCUUCCAGAAAAGGAUACCAGAUUGAAGAGGUACCGAUCACAUUUGUUGACAGAGUCUUUGGAACUUCGAAGCUCGGAGGAUCUGAAAUAGUGGAAUAUCUAAAAGGCCUUGUCUAUCUCCUGCUCACGACUUAAGAAACACCAAGCAACUCAACGACACAAGUCCCUCUUUAUAACUUCUAUACUUCGAUUGCAUCAUAGAUUCCCUUAAUACUUGAACUCUGAUCAUGUCUUCUAGAAACUUCAGUUUAGCUUUUGACUUCAGAGAACUGCAUCUUUUGAGACCCAAAAGUUCAUAUUAUAGACGUUGUUCAUUUGGAAUGCUGCUGAUUUGAGACA